AUGGAGAACUCAGUCUCUGCGCCGCCUCCACCGCCUCCGAGCGCGGUACCUCCGCCCCCUCCGCCGACGGGAGUCCCACCUCCGCCUCCGCCGCAAGAGGAGGAACUGGGUCCCCAACUUGCGAAACCAAGAAAGAAUGGCACGUCGAAGAUAGCCGCAAAGAAACAACCGCCCAGUAUUGACGAUAUACUCCGGUUAAAGAGGGAGCAGGAGGCUGCUGCUACUAAGCCAAAGUUCCUUACGAAAGCCCAAAGAGAGAAGCUUGCGCUUGAGAAGCGGCAGAAAGAGGAGGAAGAAGCGCGAAAGAAGAGAGAGCAAUCUCUGAACGGAGCUACCAAUGGCAUUACACAAAACGGGGCUUUGAACGGUCGACCAAGCCAUGAGACCAAUGGCGCGACGGCCAUUCCGACGGGCCCGCGUGCGAUGCGAACUGGCGAAAUCCCGAGCGGUCCUUCGUCCACCCGUAACAAUGCCAAUGGAGACAUGGCUCCGCCACCGGUACCGAAGGCGGGAGACAAACGCCCUGCGCCGCGAUCAGCAUCAGAAGACACGGAAGCGAUGAUGAUUAGACAGCGCUACAUGGGCGCGGAACAAGCUCAGUCUACUUUCUCCGCAAAGAAGAAGCGGAGACGGACAACGGAGAAGAAGUUCAACUUCGAAUGGAAUGAAGAUGAGGACACAAGCAUUGACCAUAAUCCGAUAUAUCAAGACAGGGCAGAGGUUAACUUUUUUGGACGCGGGAGAUUAGGUGGCUUCACCGAGGAGAUCGCUGAGCUUGGUACAAAGAAGUUCAUCGAGGCGAUGGUGGCCAGAGAUCCUCUGACGGGGAGAGAGCGCGCAGAAGCCAUUCUGGAGAUGGAGCGUAGGCGGAAGGAAGAAGGGAGCCGUGCUGCCUUGGACAAGCAUUGGACGCAGAAACCCUUGGAGCAGAUGCGCGAGCGUGACUGGCGUAUCAUGAAGGAAGAUUUCGGUAUCGCCACAAAAGGCGGAUCCAUUCCGAACCCAAUGCGCAAUUGGCAAGAAUCUGGGUUGCCGGACAAGCUGCUCCGAAUCGUGGAUGAGGUUGGAUACAGCGAGCCGUCCGCCAUUCAGCGAGCAGCGAUUCCCAUCGCGUUACAAUCCCGCGAUCUCAUCGGUGUCGCUGUGACAGGUUCGGGCAAAACAGCUGCAUUUCUGCUGCCCUUGCUGGUCUACAUAUCGAAGCUUCCUCCCCUGACAACUCAGAACAAGCAGGACGGUCCUUAUGCCCUCAUCUUGGCUCCCACUCGAGAACUGGCACAGCAAAUCCAGGUGGAAGCGAACAAGUUUGCCACCCCUCUGGGCUUUAGAACAGCAGUCUUGGUUGGUGGCCACUCGAUCGAGGAACAGGCAUUCGAGUUACGGGACGGUGCGGAAAUUGUCAUUGCCACACCCGGACGUCUCGUCGACUGUAUCGAGCGUCGUCUGUUGGUUCUGAGCCAGUGCUGCUAUGUGAUUAUGGAUGAAGCCGACCGGAUGAUUGAUAUGGGAUUCGAAGAGAGUGUUAAUAAGAUCCUGGACUCUUUACCCGUGAGCAACGAAAAACCGGAUUCUGAUGCCGCCGAAGACGCCACGGCAAUGUCACAGGGACUGUACCGCCAAACUAUGAUGUACACAGCCACUAUGCCUCCACCCGUCGAGCGCAUCGCUCGCAGAUACCUGCGCCGCCCAGCCAUCGUGACCAUCGGUAACCAAGGCGAGGCGGUCGAAACCGUCGAGCAACGGGUUGAAUAUAUUCCGGGAGAGGAUAAACGGAAAAAGCGCCUCCAGGAGAUCCUCAACUCGGGCCAGUUCCGCCCGCCCAUCAUCGUCUUCGUCAACAUCAAGCGCAACUGCGACGCUAUUGCGCGGGAGAUCAAGCACAUGGGCUUCAGCGCCGUCACGUUGCAUGGCUCCAAGACGCAGGAGCAGCGCGAGGCUGCGCUCGAGAGUCUGCGUAAAGGGCAGACGGAUGUCUUGGUCGCUACCGACCUUGCUGGCCGCGGUAUCGAUGUUCCGGAUGUGAGUCUCGUCGUCAACUUCAACAUGGCUUCCACGAUUGAGUCGUACACACAUCGUAUUGGACGUACGGGACGUGCGGGUAAGAGUGGUGUGGCAAUCACGUUCUGGGGUAAUGAGGAUGCGGACGUCUUGUACGAUCUCAAGCAGAUGCUCAGCAAGAGUCAGAUAAGCAAGGUGCCGGAAGACUUGAAGAAGCACGAGGCGGCGCAGCAGAAGGGUGGGAGGAAGAAAGGUGCUGGAGAUGCGAAGUCUGUCUUGACUUAA